AUGAUUGACGACCACCAUCAGAAGACUGCGCUGGGCAUCGUGCUCGCUUUUGCCAUUCUUGGAGGCAUUGCUGUUCUUCUUCGGCUCUGGAGUCGAUGGCUAUCACGAUCUGCGCUCACCAGCGAUGACUGCUUUAUCCUUGCUGGAUAUGUUCUUGCCGUAUCUCAAUCCGUCACCUCAUGGUACUACAUCAAAACCAACUAUGUCGGUAUUCACAUUUGGGAUGUACCCAAAGACUAUAACCCAAGACCAGGGCUAGUGUGGAAUUUUGCCAACCAGCUCAUCUAUAAUCCGGCCUUGACCCUGGUCAAAGUGUCGAUCCUUCUUUUCUUGCGCCGACUGGACUCACGCUCACGAAUUGUCAAGUACCUCAUUUGGAGCUCAAUGGCUGUGGUAGUCGGACUAUUUGUUACUGUUAUACUGGUUGAUAUUUUCCAAUGCCACCCAGUGGCCUACGUCUACGAUCAAACCAUCCCAGGCGGCAAAUGCAUCAACCAGGGUGCAUUCUAUGUCUCGACUGCCGCACUCAAUCUCUUCACCGAUCUGAUGGUACUUUCAAUCCCCAUCAUCAUCACAUGGCGUCUGCAAAUGCCUCUCCGCCGCAAGAUCGCCGUGUGUAUCAUUCUGUGUCUUGGUGGAGUAGCAACCGCAAUCGGCGUCUGGCGCAUCAUCAUCCUCGCCAAUGCCUUCAUCUCAAAGAAGAAAAACCUCGACCCAACCUACGCAGUUGGCUUCUGCAGCUCAGCAGUAGAAGUCAACGUGGCUGUAGUAACAGCUUGCGCCCCCUCUUUGAAAGCAAUCAGCACGAAAUUCCUCCCAAGACUCCUGGGAAGCUCCAACGGAGGCGGCAAGUCAACCUACGGUGGCGGCACUGGCUCCGGAACAAGAAGUGGCUCUCAAAAACGCGGCAUCUCCCAUAUCUCACACAUUUUCUCACAUCGCAGGUCGCAUACCAAGUCUUCGCCAUCGCGCUCUACCGAGGACGAUGGAUAUGAAAUGGCAGAUCCGCUGGGCGGGCCGCGUGUUGACAUCGGCACUGGCUCAGAGCCCUUUGAUAUGCGAAAGUAUAAGCGUGGCGCUGAUAGUCCUAGCUUUAUAAGUUCUGAUGAUGAUGGUGUGUCGGGGAUUGUCAAGACUACUGAUAUUUCGGUUGGGUAUGUCAUGGAGCCUGGGCAGCAGGAAGGUCGGUCGAAUGAUGCGAGACCUGCCAGUGCUGAUAGUUGGGUUUGA